AGCGCUUCCGAACACCUUCGAGUCAAAGCUUCGUCAAAACGAAGAUAACCGAGCCUGAAAGCAGGCCGCGGGAGGGGGAGCAGCAGGACGGAUAGGAAGAACCGAUUGGCGCCGACGAGAAAACGGAAACACCCGAAUAGUUACGGAAGAACCCGGGGAGUGCUGAGUGGUAAUCGAGGCGUAGACUAAGGCAGUGGGCGGGACCAGCUCGAUCGGUUCGAAGGGCGUUGGCGGAAAUUACCGAAGAUGCCCGAAGCCGUCGGGACGGACCCGAGUACCUCACGCAAGAUGGCGGAGCUGGAGGAGGUGACUCUGGACGGGAAGCCUCUUCAGGCGUUGCGGGUGACCGACCUGAAGGCCGCACUGGAGCAGCGAGGCCUAGCCAAGAGCGGGCAGAAGAGUGCCCUGGUUAAACGGCUCAAAGGGGCUCUAAUGCUAGAAAAUUUACAGAAACACUCAACACCCCAUGCUGCAUUCCAACCAAACUCCCAGAUUGGUGAAGAAAUGAGCCAGAACAGUUUCAUAAAGCAGUAUCUGGAAAAGCAGCAGGAGCUGCUGAGGCAGCGUCUGGAACGCGAAGCUCGGGAAGCCGCCGAGCUCGAAGAAGCUUCAGCUGAGUCGGAGGACGAGAUGCUCCAUCCUGAGGGAGUGGCUUCGCUGCUACCUCCUGAUUUUCAGAGCAGCCUGGAGAGACCAGAGCUGGAACUCAGCAGACAUUCGCCCAGAAAAGGCUCCUCUGUUUCUGAAGAGAAAGGUGACUCUGAUGACGAGAAGCCGAGGAAAGGGGAAAGGCGCUCCUCCCGCGUGAGACAGGCAAGAGCUGCAAAAGAAUGCAGCCAGGCUGCUGAGGAGGAAGAAGAUCAGGAAGCGCCUUCUAGAAAUCUGAGGGUUAGAACAGAUCGAAAUUUGAAAACAGAGGAGGAAGAAGAGGAGGAGGAGGUGGAGGAAGAUGAUGAAGAGGAAGAAAAUGCAGAAGGACAAAAAUCUAGGGAAGCACCAGUCUUAAAACAGUUCAAGGAAGAAGAGGGCGAAGAGAUGCCCAUUGCCAAGCCAGAGGAGGUAGUGGAUGAGAGAUCCAAACCCAUCAUGUCCCAUGAGCAAGGGGCUGUAGAGAGAGGUGGCCGGGUUACCAGAUCCCAGGAUGAGGCCAGAAGAAGUCAUCUAGCACGACAGCAGCAGGAAAGAGAGCAGAGAACGACUUCUCCCCUUGAGGAAGAAAGAGAAAUAAAACCUUUACAGGGCUUGGAGGCAAAAUCGAAAUCGCCUUCCCCUCCUCGCCUGACUGAAGAUCUGGAGAAGGCGCCUCCUGUGCUACCACCAGGGCUAACGGUCAGUGAGGAGGAGACGCCACCACCUUUACUCACCAAGGAAGCAGCUUCGCCACCUCCCACUCAACUCCAGAGUGAAGAAGAGGCUGAGCCCAUGGAAGGCCCGGCACCCCCUGUCCUCAUGCAGUUGUCGCCUCUUAAGAAGGAUGCUGAGAACAGGGAGCUGUUAACAUCUCAGCGUCCUGUCCGAUUGGUGGGAAGCCUCUCUCCUUCAUCAAGUCCUGCAGACACCAAAGCAGAAUCUCCUGCAGAGCAAGUGCCCAAGGAGAGUGUCCUGCCUCCAGCUCAGAAAAGCACACCAACUCCAUACUCAGCCCAGAAGGUUCUUGAGACUGAGUCAGAAAAAUCUGCUCAGCCACUCCCUCUAAAAAUCCAGGAGUUAGCACUGCCCAAAGGGAUCUCUGAGCAAUCUUUGGAACAGAAGGAAGGCAGGAGGGCUUCGCAUCCUCUUCUGGGUUGCAGAUUGCAACAGUCAACUGAUUCAUCCUCCAGCCGGUCGUCAUCAUCUUCAUCCUCCAGUUCUAGGUCCAGAUCUCGCUCUCCUGACAGUUCAGGCUCUCCAUCUCACUCACCUCCAAGAUCCAAGCAGAGAGAUGGGUCCCAGGCACAUGCUCACACCAACCCUCGUGGUAGCCCCAAGAUGGGCUCCAGAUCCACGUCAGAGUCCCGCUCCCGUUCCCGCUCCCGGUCAGCAUCAAGCAACAGCAGAAAAUCCCUGAGCCCUGGCGUCUCGAGGGAUAGCAGCACCAGCUUCGUGGAAACCAAAGAUCCGCCUUCUGGCCAGGAGAAUGCAGCUCCACCCUUGCCGCAACCACAAGUCCUUGAGCCAAAGGACAGGAUGUCCCCCUCCUCAUCGUCCACCCCAGUGAGGCAUCGGAGCCAGCCUGAGCCAGUGGAAAAGCACAUGACCCAGAGGUUACAGCCGGAGCGGGGGAGCCCAAAGAAGUGUGAAGCUGAAGAGGCAGAGCCACCAGCUGCCACACAGCCCCAGACCUCUGAAACCCAGCCCUCUCGCCUGCCAGGAUCGGGAAGGAUUCGUCACACUGGUGAGGAGAAGGAGGAAGUGACCAUGGACACGAGUGAAAGCAGACCUGAGAAUGAGGUUCCAGAGCCUCCUAUGCCUAUGGCAGACCAAGUCAGUAAUGAUGACCGUCCAGAGGGCAAUGCUGAUGAUGAGGAGAAGAAAGAGAGUUCACUGCCCAAAUCAUUCAAGAGGAAGAUCUCCGUUGUCUCAGCUACCAAGGGGGUGCCAGCUGGAAACAGUGACACAGAGGGGGGCCAGCCUGGUCGGAAGCGGCGUUGGGGAGCCAGCACAGCCACCACACAGAAGAAACCCUCCAUCAGUAUCACCACCGAGUCACUCAAGAGCCUCAUCCCCGACAUCAAACCCCUGGCGGGGCAGGAGGCUGUCGUGGAUCUUCAUGCCGAUGACUCCCGCAUCUCUGAGGAUGAGACAGAGCGGAAUGGCGACGACGGGACCCACGACAAGGGGCUGAAAAUAUGCCGGACAGUCACUCAGGUCGUCCCCGCAGAGGGCCAGGAGAACGGGCAGCGGGAAGAAGAGGAAGAGGAGAAGGAGCCGGAAGCAGAACCCCCUGUGCCUCCCCAGGUGUCGGUGGAGGUGGCCUUGCCCCCACCUGUGGAGCAUGAAGUCAAGAAAGUGACUUUAGGCGACACCUUAACUCGGCGCUCCAUCAGCCAGCAGAAGUCUGGAGUGUCCAUCACCAUCGAUGACCCUGUGCGAACCGCCCAGGUGCCCUCCCCGCCCCGUGGCAAGAUUAGUAACAUUGUCCAUAUCUCCAACCUGGUCCGACCCUUCACUUUAGGCCAGCUAAAGGAGUUAUUGGGCCGCACAGGAACCUUGGUGGAGGAGGCCUUUUGGAUUGACAAGAUCAAGUCUCACUGCUUUGUCACGUACUCAACAGUAGAGGAGGCAGUUGCCACCCGCACUGCUCUGCAUGGAGUCAAGUGGCCACAGUCCAACCCGAAAUUCCUUUGUGCUGACUAUGCUGAGCAAGAAGAGCUGGAUUAUCACCGGGGCCUCUUGGUGGACCGCCCCUCUGAAGCAAAGGCAGAGGAGCAAGGGGUACCACGACCCCUGCACCCCCCACCCCCACCCCCAGUCCAGCCACCACAGCAUCCCCGGGCAGAGCAGCGGGAGCAGGAACGAGCCGUACGAGAGCAGUGGGCAGAGCGGGAACGGGAAAUGGAGCGGCGGGAGCGAACCCGAUCAGAGCGGGAAUGGGAUCGGGACAAAGUGCGAGAGGGACCCCGUUCCCGGUCACGCUCCCGUGACCGCCGCCGCAAGGAACGUGCAAAAUCAAAAGAGAAGAAGAGUGAGAAAAAAGAAAAGGCCCAGGAGGAGCCACCUGCCAAGCUGCUGGAUGACCUUUUCCGGAAGACCAAGGCAGCUCCUUGCAUUUAUUGGCUCCCACUGACCGACAGCCAGAUUGUUCAGAAGGAGGCAGAGCGGGCUGAACGGGCCAAGGAGCGAGAGAAACGGCGGAAGGAGCAAGAGGAAGAAGAGCAGAAGGAGCGGGAGAAGGAAGCUGAGCGGGAACGGACCCGGCAGCUGGAGCGGGAGAAGAGGCGGGAGCACAGCAGGGAGAGGGAGAGAGAGCGAGAGAGGGAGAGGGAGCGAGACAGGGGCGAACGAGACCGAGACAGGGAGCGAGACCGGGAAAGGGGCCGGGAGCGCGACCGCAGAGACACCAAGCGCCACAGCCGGAGCCGGAGUCGGAGCACACCGGUGCGGGACCGGGGUGGGCGCCGCUAGCCGGGAAAACACUAGGAGAGCUGCCAGUCCCAGCCGCUCUGUCCCGAGGGAGGGGGGUGCAAGGCCACAGCAGGAUAGGUACAAUCUCCACCGCCCUGGAACCAAGGGUCUCCUCACACCGUUUGCCCAGUGCUCGUGUCUGGCUGCCACCUGUCCCCACAACCAAAAGGAGCAGUGGCUGUCCUCUCCCACCCCCUUAACCUAACUUCUGGGACUUGGCCCUUUCCUCCCUCUCAUUUCCCUUGUUGAGUCUGUGAGAGGGAAGAGCUAGGUUAAGGCGGAGGGUGGUUGAGUGGGGAAAGCCAGGUGUCCCUCUACUUUUCCAGUUUGACCAUCCUUUUCACACCACCUCCCUUGGGUACUCACAGCCUCCUUGGGAACAGCCGGGGCCAGGACUGGGUCACCUAUGAGCUGAAUCAGCGUCCCCUCCUGAGGCCCGGGGCCCCUGCAGUUCCCACUCUUCUCUCCCGCAGCCUUGCCUCUUGCUGACCGGUUCCACUUUAUAUCCACCUUUUCCUUUUGUUCAAUUUUUAUUUUUAUUUUUUUUAUUAUUAAAUGAUGUGGUCUAUGAAAAAGAAUAAAAUCUGACUUAGUUUUAAAUAG